AUGCUACUAAACAAGGCACCAGUACUCGAGAGGUUGCGUCUCAAGAUUCACAGACUUGGUCCUGAAUGUAAUGCCGUUGAUGUUGGAAUAUGGAUUGACAUAGCAGUUAGUCGCAAAGUGAGUGCGCUUGAACUUGGUAUUCCUUUAUAUAGCCAAGGAUCUAUCAGUUGUUUCCCUCGUAGCCUCUAUUCAUGUGAAACGCUUGAGAGCUUGACACUCACCAAUUACCACUCCUUUCUUGUCGAUGUUCCAUUUGAGGUUUGUCUCCCUUCCCUCAGAAAAAUGUGCCUUAUGGUUGUUGACUUGGCAGUCAAUGCAUCUCUUCAUAGGGUUUUGUCUGGUUGCCCUAAUCUUGAAGAGUUGACUUUAACCCGAGAAGAUUACGCGGGCGUAGACCCGAGUAUGGAUUUCACUAUUGAUGUGCCUUCCUUGAAAAUAUUAUCUGUGAUUGAUAAAGGAGUUGUGGAAAGAGUAGCAACGGAUAUGUGA